UUAACAUGCUGGUUGAAGAAGGGGCGGUGCUUCCGGCAUAGGAACCACGCUGAGGUUUUGGGAUAUCCCAAUUCUGAGAGAAUGCUGGGAUUCUGCAGGGGGAGAAGAAAGUUCCUGGCUGCCUCUCUCACUCUUCUUUUUGUUCCAGCCAUCACCUGGAUUUACCUCUUUACUGGAAACUUUGGUGAUGGAAAGGCCGUCUCCCUGUCUCCGCUGGACACCCAGCCUCACAGUCCCCGUUAUUCCUCCUCCAGUCAGCGGGAGAGCCUGGAGGUGCGCGUACGGGAAGUGGAGGAGGAAAACCGUGCCCUGCGCAAGCAGCUCAGUCUGCUCCAGAAAAGCAGCACCUUGCAUCGUCUCAACAAUCGCUCCAAAACGUACUCUAUGGAGGAAGGGACCGGUGACAGCGAGAGCCUGCGAGCGGGAAUCGUGGCCGGAAACAGCUCGGAGUGCGGUCAGCAACCAGUGGUGGAGAAGUGCGAGACAAUCCACGUCGCCAUUGUGUGCGCUGGCUACAACGCCAGUCGUGAUGUUGUCACCCUGGUGAAGUCUGUCUUAUUUCACAGGAGAAACCCUCUUCACUUCCACCUCAUCGCAGACACGAUCGCCAAACAGAUCCUGGCCACCCUUUUCCAGACAUGGAUGGUGCCCGCGGUGCGUGUGGAUUUUUAUGACGCGGAUGAACUGAAGUCCGAGGUGUCGUGGAUUCCAAACAAACAUUACUCAGGAAUAUAUGGGCUCAUGAAGCUGGUGCUUACCAAGACUCUCCCAGGCAGCUUGGAGCGGGUCAUCGUCCUGGACACGGAUAUCACCUUUGCCACGGACAUCGCUGAGCUGUGGGCUGUCUUUCACAAGUUCAAAGGACAACAGGUUCUGGGCCUGGUGGAGAAUCAGAGUGACUGGUACUUGGGAAAUCUGUGGAAGAACCAUCGGCCAUGGCCAGCUCUUGGUAGAGGAUACAACACAGGGGUGAUUCUUCUGCUCCUGGACAAACUGCGCAAGAUGAAAUGGGAGCAGAUGUGGCGUCUGACUGCUGAACGGGAACUAAUGAGCAUGCUGUCUACCUCUUUGGCUGAUCAGGACAUUUUCAACGCUGUCAUAAAGCAGAACCCUUUCCUGGUGCAUCAGCUCCCUUGUUUCUGGAACGUGCAGCUGUCAGAUCACACCCGCUCCGAGCAAUGUUACCGAGACGUCUCCGAUUUGAAGGUAAUCCACUGGAACUCUCCGAAAAAGCUCCGGGUGAAAAACAAACAUGUGGAGUUCUUCCGCAACCUCUACCUGACCUUCCUGGAGUAUGACGGGAACCUCCUGCGGAGGGAGCUCUUUGGCUGCCCUAGUGAAGCCGACAUCAACAGUGAAAAUCUCCAGAAACAGCUGUCUGAGCUGGACGAGGACGACCUGUGCUAUGAGUUCAGGCGAGAGAGAUUCACAGUCCACCGCACUCACCUUUACUUUCUGCACUACGAAUACGAGCCAGCGCCAGACGACACAGAUGUCACACUGGUGGCCCAGCUCUCCAUGGACAGACUCCAAAUGUUGGAAGCCAUCUGCAAGCACUGGGAGGGCCCAAUCAGCCUGGCUCUGUACCUCUCGGAUGCAGAGGCUCAGCAGUUCCUCCGCUACGCACAGGGCUCUGAGGUGCUGCUCAACCGGCGAAAUGUGGGCUACCAUAUUGUGUACAAAGAAGGGCAGUUCUAUCCGGUCAACCUCCUGCGGAACGUAGCAAUGAAACACGUCAGCACUCCGUACAUGUUCCUGUCAGACAUAGACUUUCUACCGAUGUAUGGACUCUACGAGAGCAUCAGGAAAUCCAUUGUGCAACUAGAUAUGGCGAACACCAAGAAAGCUUUGAUCAUCCCAGCCUUCGAGACUCUUCGCUACCGGCUGUCCUUCCCCAAGUCUAAAGCAGAACUGUUGUCCAUGCUGGAUAUGGGGACUCUAUUCACCUUCAGGUACCAUGUCUGGACAAAAGGCCACGCCCCCACCAACUUUGCCAAAUGGCGGACUGCAACAACGCCUUACCGGGUGGAAUGGGAAGCAGAUUUUGAACCAUAUGUAGUCGUCAGGAGGAACUGCCCAGAGUAUGACCGAAGAUUUGUUGGGUUUGGGUGGAACAAAGUGGCUCAUAUUAUGGAACUGGAUGCACAGGAAUAUGAAUUUACAGUGCUACCCAAUGCCUACAUGAUCCACAUGCCACACGCUCCAAGCUUUGACAUCACAAAGUUCCGCUCCAACAAGCAAUAUAGAAUCUGUUUGAAGACUCUGAAGGAAGAGUUUCAGCAGGACAUGUCCCGUCAUUACGGCUUCACGGCACUCAAAUACCUCACCGCUGAGAACAACAGCUAAUGAGACCGGGGGAAGAAGGGAUUAUCUGUGCCUGAUGUCUGCAAUGAAGAACUGGAGGGCAUUACAUCGGCCAUGUUGGCUGGAGGUUGCCAUUUUUAUUUGAGACCCUGGAUUGUUUAUUUAGGGUUUCAAGAACCUUUAGGUUCUGUCCCUUCUAUCCCAGGUGAGAUCAUUGAAAUGGAGCUUAGGCAGCUGCGAAUCACGGUGGAGCGACAAUCUGGGGCAUGCGGCGUUUGCAUUGCACUGGAUUUAGAGAUUGAGGCUUAUGUUUUAUCAGUCUUCUAAGAAGGAACCUAGCCUUGUCUCUCUUAUUGUAAGAGUCACUCGUGGGGCAUCUUACUUAACCUUCCACAGGUCAGAGGCAUCGCAUGGGGGGAGGAUUAGAACCACUUGCUCAGACUUGGCUUCGGGAGACUUGCAACAAACGCAGAAGGGACAGAUGACAGAUUUGGCCCGAAGAAUCACUAGGCAUCUUAUGCCAGUACUGCCCUGUCCCUCAAAAAUGUGGCCAAGAUCUCAGUUUCCAUCAAAUUGCCAUAACAGCAGCUGAUCUCGGAGAGAAAAUGAAUUGUUUCUCAUUUUCGUGCAGGGCCAAACCAGACUGUGUUGGAGAGCAAUUCAGUGCUAAAGCUCAGGCAGCAAGUGUUCUGCUGGCCUGCAGGUGGCAAAACCUGAAGGACUACUUGUGUUUCUUAUGCUUCACGCAAAAGACAAA